AUGGCUUCGCUCCAGAAAACGCAAAAAGCAAAUGCUGCCAAGGCUGAUGCAAAGGGCAAGGGAAAGCGGAAGGCAGAGGAGAUUGUGGGUGCAGACGAGGAGAUGCAAGCUCCUGCGCCGAAGAAGAUGAAGAACAAGCAGCGGGUCCUCCUGCUGUCAUCCCGGGGCAUCACACAUCGCAUGCGGCACCUAAUGAAUGAUAUUGAGGCUCUCCUACCGCACGUUAAGAAAGAUUCAAAACUCGACUCCAAGAACAACCUACACCUCCUACCCGAGCUCGCGGACCUAAACAACUGCAACAAUACUCUGUAUUUUGAGGCGCGGCGGCACGAGGACCUCUAUCUCUGGGCAGCGAAGACACCAAACGGUCCGAGCAUCAAGAUGCACGUUCAGAACGUGCACACGAUGGACGAGCUCAAGAUGACAGGCAACUGUCUGAAGGGAAGCAGGGGAAUCGUAAGCUUUGACAAGACGUUUGACGAAAGCGAGUGGGGGAGGUUGACGAAGGAGGUGUUCACACACAUUUUCGGCGUGCCAGCGCAAGCGCGGAAAGCGAAGCCGUUUAUUGACCAUAUCCUCACCUUCACCAUUCUCGACAACAAGAUCUGGUUCCGUAACUUCCAGAUCAUCGAAAAAGACCCACUACAACCCAACGGCCCCCCUCAGACGACCAUGAUUGAGGUUGGCCCGCGCUUCGUGCUUACGCCGAUUCGAAUAUUCGAGGGUGCCUUCAGCGGCGCAACCGUAUAUUCGAACCCAGAGUUCAUCUCCCCGGCUGCCGUGCGGUCCGCGCUCAAGCGGGAGAAGGGCGACAAGUACGGCAAGCGGAAGACGGCGGAGGUGGAGAGGGCGGAGCGGAUGGAGACGCGUAAACGGGACGAGGACGAGCUUGCUGUGUCGAAGGUCUUUGCGUAG